AUGGCUACUGCUGCUGCUGCUGCCGUGUCUGCUGCUGCUCUUCGCCCCGAACCUGAACCUGACGUCGAACUUACGGGGGUGUGCACACCCCAAGAGCUCCUGCCCCAAGCCUACCGCCUCGGCCGUGACGCGGCCAACAAGGCGGGGUUUGAGUCCAGUCUUCCCAAGGUGAACUGCGUUGUCAAGAGACAGGAAUCCCGCCGCACGUUCACGCCCCCGGGAGGAGCUCAAGCGCACGAGGUUGCCGGAGAUGGGGAUUGUGCUUACCACGCCUUGCUGAAAGGUCUCCAGGCGAGUGUUGGACAGACGAACAUGCGUGUUCCACGAAUGUCUGAUGGUGUGAAGAGUGCCCUCAAACACAGCAUCGUCUCCCACAUCCUAGGACCAUCAGCGUCGCAAGCGGUCAUGACCACUCUGCUUUCGACUGAGCAGACGCGUCGGGCUCGCGCUCUUCAGUGCACUGAAACUUUCCGGAUGCAUCCGUAUGAGCUGAACACACCUGAACCCGCGGACAAAGGCGUGAUGACCUACGGUUGGCUGGAUUCGAUAGUGCAAGAGAUGCUACGGACGGAGUGGCUGGACUUGUGCUGGCAGUGACUCAUCCCCGAAAUGUACGGGGUCAACACUGCGGUUUGGGAGCCUACCGGGAAAGGGCAGUUCGUGCAGCUGUACAAAAAGAACAUGUAUGUGGGGCCUGUUUCUGUUUGACAAAAAAAUCAAGCACGACGAAGAGGGGCAUAAUAAGUGGGUGCACCUGUUAUACCGCAGCGGGAGUAGUUGGGAAGCGAGAACCGAAGUUGGGGGUGACGAAAAUACGGUGUCUCGCCACAACCACUUCGACUUUCUGGGGCUCGGUGCCGAUUUUGACGCUGGGUUCGACGCUAUCAUCUCCGUCGCCCGGUCUGGAGGAGAGGGCGACGGCGACACAUCGCUGCCGUCACCUGUGCCGGUGAAAAGGAGGAGAGCGGCGGGGAGUGCGGACACGACGUUGAAGCGGCAACGCACGAGCACGAAGAAGUCGAAGCUGGAAGAUGACGACGGGCCGCUGGCGCAAUCGAAGCGCAAGCGGACGGCGUAGAGCGAUGGGGGUAGCAAGAAAAAACAAGGGCCAAGCGGAGAAAGCAAGGGGAAGUCAAGGGGAGGUGGCGCGGCCGGCAGCACGGGGGGGGCAACUACGACUCCGAUGGGAGCAUUGGCGACGAGGGCACGGACUGGACUUAUCUCGGAUGCAGAGGCGCGCUCCCUUCUCUCACAAGGAGUCAACAGUUGCUGCGGCGCAAGCUGAACAAGAUCCCUGAACCAGCGUUCAAGUUGGCGUUCAAACGUACGAGCAUCAUGAAAGCGAAGGCCGAAAAGGUGUGUUCUGUGUCCCGUGUUCCUCUUGUGAUCGUGUGUGAGUGCGCAUCCGUUAGGGCGUGCUUGUAGGAGUGUGUUUCCUUUGUCUUGUGUCGGCGACUGAUGUGUCGUGUUAUGUUCCGUACGGGGUUGAACCUCUGGUUGACGUGCUUUGUUUGGGGCAGUGACACAUUAUUGCAAUGGCCUCUUGUGAUCUAUUCUUUAUUUCCGCGGGUCUUUUGCUCCGGUGUUGUGUAAUGCAACUCAUUUUCUCGUAUGACGUACAACGCCCCUUCGUCGUUGGUUGUACGCAAUGGUUCCGUCGUGGUCGACGCCGUUGUACUGUCGCUUGUCC